UGUGAGCUGGAGGUGGGAUCUGUUUUGUCGAAGUAACCCAUCGAUUACAAGGAUUCACCUGGAUACCGAGACUCAGAAUGGAAAUAUUUACUCUGUAUCACCAAAUGCGAAUAUCCGCAUACGACCUAUCGAGCUUGGAGUCUGAAAGCCAUUUCCGGGAUGGACUUGCCGUGACGUCGCCCUUUGCCCGAGGUACAAUGUUUCAUUUUCGAUCGCCCCGUGUUACAAUGGGCCAUCGACGGAAUUGGAACACCACUAUUGCACGACAUGGAAGGUAUCGCGUGACUACGGGAGUGAAAGGCCUAUUAUCAACCCGAGCCAUGCCCUUGACAUUAAAGGCCGAUGCAAUUUUUGAUAGACUCUUAUCGCAACUUGUCUUUUCGCAAUUGCCCUGCUGUGGAAAAUUUGGAAGCCUUUUUGAGAUUCUGGGAAUACAGAAGGCUAGCCUGAUCGAUGAGCGAAGACGAGUUGAGUUCCUGCAAGAACGCUGCUCUUAUCAAGAAAUUUUUCUCCUAAUGGAAUAAAUAAGUGCUGCGGGGUUCUAAGUGAUACUUAGGACGCGGAGGCAUGCAUAACAAGUAUCUACGUAAGUUCUUGUUAUCUGGAAUGCUUAGACAGUUGACGUAUAUUCCAAAGUGAUCAUAUGGGGGCACUUGUCGGCGCCAGCAAGGCAAAAUCAUGGCAUUAACAGACUUAAGGGAAAGGAUUUGUUACAUAUUUCGUCCA